AUGCCAUUUUACAACGAUUACUCGAGUGGAAGUCAUCGAAAUGGUACCAAACGUGUACCACGCUUGAAGAUGGCAUAUUCAAGUUCUGGACCCAACUCAUCAUCGGACACAGUGCACAGUGUUCGAAAAGCGAUGAGAAACAGUGAAAAGAAUGACAAAAGUAAAGAGAGGUUCAGCGAAUUGAAUGUAGAGAUAAGUGAUAGUGCGUACAUUAGAGAGACGCAGAGAAACAAAGCCGGGAAAGUAAGGUUUUUACAUUUUUAAGUUAGCCCUAGCUCAGAGCCCUAGCCCUAGCCCAGAGCCCUAGCCCAGAGCCCUAGCCCAGAGCCCUAGCCCAGAGCCCUAGCCCAGAGCUCUAGCCCAGAGCCCUAGCCCAGAGUCCUAGCCCAGAGCCCUAACCCCUAAGAGUUAGUCAAACCUCCACUCUAAGCCCAAGCCUUUGUCCUAGCCCUAACCCUAGCCUUUAGCCUGAGCCUCAAUCGUGAUCUUAGCUCUAGCCUAAGCCCUGUUCUAAGCUGUAGUCUAACCCCUGUCUUUGUCCUAGCCUUAACCUAAGCCUCAAUCGUGGAUAGCUCUAUCUUUUAUGGCUUAAAAGCCCUAGUCUAAGCCUUAGACUAAGCCGUGGCCUACGCUUAAGCACUUGUCUUAGUCUUAUCCUUGGCAUAAGUUCUAAACUAAGCUCUAAACUAGGCCCUAACUUCAGGUCUAGCAUUUUUAAGCUCAAAAAGCUUUAAAACUUUUGUAUUGAAUUACUCUGAAUCAUUAUACAUCUAUAACUUCUAUUUUAGUCAUCCAAAAAGCCAUCAAAAGUUGUGUCCAAGAAGUCAAGUCAUGCACUACUAAGUGAACUUGCUAACGCUGAGGAAGAAGAAGCUUCUGAAACGUUUACUAGUAUAAAAACACAAGUCAACGGCCACGUGCAUCAGAAGAUGCAUUACCAAAGAAGUAGUCCGAUGUGUAAAACUGUCAAAGCCAAAUUUAAAGUGGCCUCUAAGUCGUAGGUUUUUUAAGUUUUGCAAAGAAAGUUCUUGCCAUUCUGUUAAAAAUUAAUAAAUUUAUUAACAUUCGGUAUUUGACAGGCUGCGGAUGACAAGUCAUACGCUAGAGCAAAUUUACUGCUUUGUAAACAAAGUUCCUUCUAUUUUUAAGUUUGUAAAGAAAGUCUUUGCCGUUUUAUGUUAUGGAAAAAAAGUUUCUGUCAAUUUUCUUUUUGUAAAGAAAGUUCUUGCCAUUUUGUCAAAAAAACUAUACAAAUUUGGCAUUCAGCGGGUGACAAGUUAUACGACGAAGGCCGUUUUUACUUCUGUAAAGAAAGUUUUGCGAUUUUAUUUGGAAAAAAAGUUUUUGCCAUUUGUUUUAUAGUUCAAAGAUUUUUUCAGAAGUUCAGACGACGAAGGAUUUUCGAUCAGCGCGAAGGAUUCAACUUCAAGUUUUAGCACCAGAGAACCAGAAACGCUUUCUGGAAGUAGUUCUACCACACAGUAAGUUUAACCAUUUAACUGCGUGCCACCAUAAAAUCUAAAAAAUUAUAUUUUUUAUUUUUCACAAGCCCAAAAAUUGAAAAACACCACUUAUUUCCGUAUUUUAGGCCCAAAUACCAAGUGGUAACCAAGCCGAGUCGGCAUUACUUUGGCCAACCUGGAGAUACCACCUCGAUUACUGACACUGCAGCGACUCCAAUAAACCAACAACAACCCUUGGCGUCCCAAGCCAACUCAAAUGGUGCACUUUUCUGUUUCUGCGACAACUUCCGAGUGAAACUCGGCGUCAAGAAGCAUGCUAAGUUCACGGUGGUUGUGGACGUGAACGUUUCGAACGAUUCCAUCUAUAAACCCUUCAUUCCGAUUCCGGAAAACCGUGACGGUUGA